AAACUCGAAUCACCCAAAUUUGAUCUAUAUAACACGCUCAGUAUGUAUAGAUCCUGAACUGGCAAUAACAGUAGCCAUGGCAGAAGAAGUGAAGCUUUAUAGGACAUGGUCAAGCCCAUUUGGCUUAAGGGUGGUGUGGGCACUAAACAUCAAACACAUUGAAUAUGAAACCAUCCUCGAAGAUCUGACCAAUAAAAGCCCUCAUCUUCUCCACUACAAUCCUGUCCACAAAAAGAUUCCUGUCCUCCUCCACAACGGGAAACCCAUCUGUGAAUCCUUGGUAAUCCUUGAAUACAUCGAGGAGACAUGGCAGAACAACCCCUUGUUACCUCAACACUCUCUCGACAGAGCCCAGUCACGAUUCUGGGCAAAGUUUUGCGAGGAUAAGCUGUUGCCGUCGAUCAGGAGUUCUUACUUCAUGAAAGGGAAGGAACAAGAAGAAGGUGUUGUUGAGGCGUUGGACAACCUUAAACUCAUCGAAGAACAGCUGGACGGCAAGAUGUUUUUCGGGGGAGACAACAUCGGAUUCCUCGACAUCGUACUGGGGUGGCUGGCUAACCUGCCUAGCGUGUUCGAAGAGAUAACCGGCCUGAAAUUGAUCGACGCCGAGAAAUUUCCUGUUUUGUCGGAGUGGAUCGAGAACUUCUACAAUCAUCCCGCAAUUGUGGAUCACUGGCCGCCUCGCGACAAGAUGAUCACAAAGUUCCAGGCAAUCCUUAAUGCAAUCGAAGCUAAUAAAUGAACCGUUCUUCAUGAAGUUGCAUGAUUAAAAAUGUGUUCUGUGACUUUUGUUUGGUUCUUGAUCUAUUAAGGUGUAUUUUGUGUCAACUAAAAUUAAAAGUUUGAGCAGAUAGAAAGGCUAUAUAUUUAUAUACUAUAUGCUAACUGCUAAGCAUGCCGAUAUCCUUGGCCAAUAUAUAAGACCUCUAUUAUUGUUAUUUACACUUUCUUAUGUUUUGAGGCCUUAAACCUCAAUGUUUGUAAAAACUUAUGGGCCCCAAAUCUGGCCUAUUGGGUC